UCUCUCUCUCUCUCUCUCUCUCUGUGUUUUUCUGAUCAGUUUUGUGUGCAAGCAACCCAGGCAGUUUCUUACACGUUAAGAAAAGCAAGUGUGCAUAUUUUAAAAUACUUUUUUGUUUGUUUGGUUUUUUGCAAACAUUCUUAUUUUGCGUGUGGUUUUGCCAUCUUAACGUCUCGUCUCUCAGGAAAACUAUGCUGCGUUUGACUGCCGGUCGUGUAGCGGGGCUUCUGUCCAGACGGACAGUUGCUGCUUUCAGCUAUAGCAGUGCCAGAACUGCCAGCCAUGGCCAUGAAGUGGCACAGCAAACUGACAUGUCUCUGCCUUUGUACAAUGACCGUCUGGACACUCCUCUGCCCGAUAGGCCAUACCGUGACACCCUCAACGCUGUGGAUAAGAGCCUGAAGCAGAAGGAGAUGGGCCCCUGGAACAACCUCUCGAAAGAAGAGAAAAUUGCCUUGUACAGGAUGAUGUUUAAUCUCACAUACGCAGAGAUGAAGAGACCGACCCAUGAGUGGAAAACUGUGUUUGGUGGGAUCUUCUUCUUUAUUGGUGUCACUGGUCUGGUCCUCCUCUGGCAAAGGCUUUAUGUAUAUCCACCUCAUCCACAUACCUUUGAUGAGGAGUGGCAGGCCAUGCAAGUGAAGAGAAUGCUGGACAUGCGAAUAAAUCCUGUGGAAAGUUUCUCCGCUAAGUGGGACUAUGAGAAGGGCAAGUGGAAAUAGACGAAGUUCAUGUGAGCUUCACGUGUCAAAGCCUUGCUCCUUAUCUGUCAAUUGCUUUGGCAGUCAUCACACCUUACUAUGAUGUAUGUCCUUUACAUUAACAUUUCAAUAAAAUAGUUUCAGCCACAACAA